AUGGGUUCCGGAUCUCCUCCUCCCCCAGGCCCAAAGCCUAAGUCCGCCAUCCCAUCUCAUCUUUUGAAUGGUAGUUCUCCUCUGCACCCUUCCAAUACCACUGGCGUUCGCGAUGCUCGUGAGCGCGAGAGCCUGAACUCAUCUAUCCGUGGCUCCUUUGCCCCUCGCAUUCCCGCUGAGUUCAACUUGUCGGAAACAGAAACACAUCCUGUCAGCGAUGCCGCCAGCACUUACAAUGGAGCUGUUCGGAGCCCCGAAAUUGUCAGGCCUACUUUGAGCGACCCCCCGCGCGACCCCCGAGACGAAGGUGGUGCUUUGACCCCUCCCGCGACAGCCAGUCGGCCAUCGAGCCCGUACACUGCGAAUCCCCCUAUCGAUUUCGACGGAUUGAGCUGGCCUUGCCCUGGCACGAGGGCGCGGCUGGAAUCCACCCCUGAACAGACUGAAGAACGGAUCCAGAAGCUUGCAGGUGCCGUAAGAACCAUCUUUGAAUGCAUUGGAGAGGACCCUGAAAGAGAGGGACUGCGCGAGACUCCCGAGAGAUAUGCCAAGGCUAUGCUUUAUUUCACCAAGGGCUACGAAGAGAAUGUUCGCGACCUCGUCAAUGGUGCUGUCUUCCACGAGGAUCACGAUGAGCUGGUCAUUGUCAAGGACAUUGAGGUGUUCUCUCUCUGCGAACAUCACAUGGUUCCAUUCACUGGAAAGAUGCACAUCGGAUAUAUCCCUGACCGCCGAGUCCUCGGUCUCUCAAAGCUGGCCCGCCUAGCGGAAAUGUUCUCUCGGAGACUGCAGGUGCAAGAGCGCCUUACCAAGCAAGUCGCCUUGGCCAUUUCGGAGGUUCUGAAACCCCGAGGCGUAGGUGUCGUCAUGGAGUCUUCCCAUCUCUGCAUGGUCAUGCGUGGUGUACAAAAGACCAGCAGUACCACCACCACCAGCUGCAUGCUUGGUUGCAUGCGGUCCAGCGCGAAGACCAGAGAAGAGUUCCUUACACUUCUCAACAGAAAGUAG